GCAAGUACCACUGUUAAUUCUGUUUUGUAACGUUUUUUGCUGAUGUACGGUACUUGUUUCGCGUUCCUCCUUUAUGUAAAGCCCGCCCUCUUCCAUCCGCGGAGAUAAAUAAGACACGAUGUUUGUAUACGGAGACGAGAUGCAUUGGGUGGGCGACUGGAACGCCGUGGACGUCCUGGUCGACGGCGGCUACCUGCAGCACGGCGCCGUCAUCAACGUGGCGGAGGGCGGCCUGAUCGUCGAUCUCCGCUGCGCGGGACAGCGCGCGCAGUUCGUGGAAUACGGACGCAUUUUUAGCUGCAGUUCCACGGCCCGAUGGCGCCCGGACCAGGCCGGCCAGCGGCUACAGGUCCUGCUGCGCCGUCCGACCGACGGGGCGUGGAUCUGGUAUCAAGGCGAAUCCGUCGCCAGGGGAGAACUACACGCUAAACAUGCGGCCAGCGUGCAAGUGCAGCUACCCUUUGGGACCGUCAAGGAGCUGGUUCCCUGCACUCAACUACGCUCACCGCUCACAGACGCCGAUCGUCUGCAGCGCCGAGUGAAGAAGAAUGAUUUUGUGAUUCGCGACUGUCUGUUGCCGGCGGGCUGCUGGUCGGAGGCGUCCUCCGCGGUCCGGGAAAUCUUCCAGUACGAAGUCAACCAGAGUUUCCAUGUGCAGUGCACGGCGCUGCUCAGCCAGACCUUCAACUACCUGCAGUGGCACGCUGACACUCCCUUGACUGCUGAGCAAGUGGAUUUCGAAUACACCAAGACCGUGAAGGAAGACGAGGAGAUGGAUCGUAGCACCCUGACCUGGAAAUGGUUGCUCCGCCAACCCGGGGUGGUUAGUGCCCCGCAGCGGAAGGUUUCCACCGGUCAGCGCAGCACCCUGCCGCUGCCGGCUGAACUGCUGCUGGAGGUCUUCCGCGCCCUGGACUCCAUCGGGCGUGUCCGUUGUCGGCGGGUUUGUCCCCUGUGGAACGCUCUCCUCACCACCGACGCCUACUUCCCCGAGGUGCGCGUCUCCAACAACGCUGCGGAUUUUAACGGGGUGGAUGAUUACGAACACACGCUUUACUGGAUGACGGUCUGCCUGCUGAAAUGCCUCAACAGCGCCACCAGAAUGAUCGUCAUCACCGGCAUCGAGUUGGACGAAUUCUCCGCACUGACCAGUCUGAUCCGGAGGGUGUUCCGUGCGAACCACUUACCAGUGGUGUUCUACAAGGGGGAUUUCGUUGAGCCGGAUGGGAAUGUGGACGCUCUCAUCGACUGCUUGUCUCGUCUGCGCGUACCGAAACAAUCACGCGGCCGCAUCGUGUGGCGACAUGUUCUCAUGGGAGAUGAGAAGAUGGCGGCAGCAUUGGCGUAUCAUGCAUUCCGCGCCGGUCUGGUUGGCAGGGAGCGGGAAGCGGCGUUUUGGGAGGUCUUCGAGAAGAAUCUGGUCCUUACAAAGCCGCUGGAUCGACCGGCCGUGGAGAAAUGGAUUGCUGACUGUGUUGCUGAACAGCGGAAGGAAGACAUGGAAAAGAUUGUCGAGGCCCUGCUGAAUUACCAGUGGGCGGAUCCGCGCAAACCUAACCCUUACUGGAAAAAGAGCUGGACCCUGUCUAACGUUCGCCGACUGGACGCUAGUAAGCUGUCUACGCUGACGGCGGCGGUGCUGAGCGAAGGCAUUGUUUGAUUCAGACGACGGAUGUUCCCGAAUAACUGCCAACCAAUAAUCCGGGUCCGUAUUUGCCUUGCAGCAUGUUCCUUUCAGCGGUAGCUUCAUUGUUAAACUUAAACUUACGUGCUUGAAUUGUCAACUGCCGUUGGCUGUACUGUAUUCAUCACUUUUUGGUUAAUUAUUGUCGGACUAUAAAAUCGGGAAUGUCUGUACAAUUCCUGACCGAUAGCG